AUGCAAUCAAUUUUUUUAGUGACAUUCUUAAUUAUAACACAAGCUCUGGCAUCGAUAAUUAGUUUUCCAGAGCAAAAACUUCAAAAACGAGAUGAUUCUAUAUGCCAAUCGAUAACUAAUGGUUGUCCAGACUUAAACUUUAAUUGGCAUGCAAGUACCCAAAAUAUAAUGCAAUAUUCAAUGGAUUUACAAAAUGUUUGUUGGUUACACGACAACCUUUAUGAAAUUACAAUACAAGUCUUGGGAGCUGAACAAAUCGAUUUAAAAUAUUUAUACUCCUUGAAGAUCAUUGGUAUUGACGGACCUGUUGGAACUGUUCAAUUAUAUGGUGCUAAUGAAAACACCUACCUAAUUGAUAAUCCAACAAAUUAUACAGUUACAUUUCAAAUAUAUGGUGAUAACGAAAAGGACACAAACAACACUUGGAUUCCAAAUUUCCAAAUUCAAUAUGAAUAUUUGCAAGGUAAAGCUUAUGCUUAUGCGGAUACAUGGGUCUGGGGAACAACUUCCUUCGAUCUAAUGACUGGUUGUAACAAUUACGAUAAUCAGGGCAAUUCCCAAACAGAUUUUCCAGGGUUUUACUGGAGAUUAAGAUCUUUGAAAGAAAAUGUAUCCAGUUCAGUACAAUCACUCUCUUCAAUAAAAUAUGAAAGUUCCAUUAGUUCGACUUUUACUAGUAUGACAUUUUCCCAAAGUAGUUUAUCCCCAUCUUUCUUUAACUCGCUUAUUACAACCUCAUCGCCAAAUCAAGUCACUUCCAAUACUAAGUCUUUCAUAAGUUAUCGUAAUACAUCUUCAAAUCCAAUGACAUCAAGUGAUCAUACCUUGUCAAAGCAUUCAAUUACAUCUGUGGACCAGACAUAUUCUACAGUUCCAGCAGCUCCAUCCGAUCGAAUUACUUCACAAGAUCAAAUUACUUCGUCAUAUCCCACAACACUAAUAGAUCCAACACAGUUUAGUGAUCCAAUACAUUCCAGUGAACCAUCUUCACCUUUUAUUUUCACCACACCAUCAAUCUCAACAGAGCGUACUUUAUCUAAGAAUUCAGUCUAUUCAUUUAAUUCAACUACUGUAGUGAAACUAUUCAGCUCAACUGAUUCAAUGAUCUCAAUUGAUCCUACAACUUCAAUGAAUCGAGCAUAUUCGACUGGUUUUAGUGAUUCAGAUAAUCCAGUUAUCUCCUCGACUAAAACUGUCACAAUUGGCUCGAUGUAUUCUACUUAUUCAGUAACAUUGAAAGCAUCUUCUACGCAGCUUGAAUCAAUGACUUUCAAUGCUUCAACAGCCUUGAAAAGUUCUUCAACAGAAAUUAAUCCAACAACAGUCAUUGGGGAAACCUCCACAAUAAGAUUUUCCACUUCCCAGGAAUUAAGGAAGUCAUUGGUUAGUUCUUCUACAUCCUUUAUUCCAAUUACAGGUUCAGAUGCAAAGACAUCCACGGUUUCAACAAGUGUCACUAAUCAAAUAUAUUCAUCGGCAUUGUCCGCGCCAACGAGUCUUACCGCCUAUACAAAUUCAACAUAUUAUACAGAACCAAGAACGUUAGCGGAGUCAAGCUAUUCUACUGAUUCAUAUUAUUUGACUAACAUGACUUUGUUAUAUGAUCGUACAACCACAUUAUAUUCAUCACAUUCUAACAAUAUCAACCCAUCAAUUGUUCGUUCCUCAAUAAUUAAUAAUGUAACAUAUUCGUGUACCCCAACUGCGUCAUUCAGUAGUCAACCAAGUUCGGUGCAUUAUUCAAAGGACACAUCAAGUUUUCCAACUUCUGGUACAGCUAUAAGUUUACCACGUUCAUCUAAUUGA